CCGGCUGCUCCCCACUCAGUCACAGAGGGCUGGGCUCAGAGUGGGGUGGGAUUUCCUGUGCGAGCAGGUCAGCUGUUCUCUCCAUGUCUGUCUCUGUUUCUCCCCCCUCCCCAUUCACUCUCUCUCUCUCUGUCUCUCCCUCUCCCUCCGUGGAUCGUGCGGUCAGUGCCCCUCUCUCCCCCCUGGUGCCUCUCUCUUGGGAUCUGACUAGUGAUGUGUAACCUACAGAAUGCCCAGCAGCACUGGAAAAAGGUUUAAACCUACAAAAUACAUCCCUGUCUCCACUGCAGCUGCCUUAUUAGUGGGAUCCACCACUUUGUUUUUUGUUUUCACGUGUCCCUGGCUAACUAGAGAGAUCUCUCCAGCCAUCCCAGUGUACAAUGGGCUCGUGUUCCUGUUUGUUUUGGCAAAUUUCAGCAUGGCAACCUUUAUGGAUCCUGGUAUCUUCCCAAGAGCUGAUGAAGAUGAAGAUAAGGACGAUGACUUCCGGGCCCCCCUCUAUAAGAAUGUGGAGAUCAAAAGAAUACAAGUACGGAUGAAAUGGUGCGCCACCUGCCACUUUUACCGUCCGCCUCGCUGUUCACAUUGCAGCGUGUGUGACAACUGUGUGGAGGAUUUUGACCAUCACUGCCCUUGGGUAAAUAACUGCAUCGGUCGCAGAAACUAUCGCUAUUUCUUCCUGUUCCUGCUGUCGCUGAGCACGCACAUGGUCGGCAUCUUCUCAUUUGGCCUCAUUUUUGUCCUUCACCAUCUGGAGGUGCUGGGAGAAGCCCAUACCAGUAUUACGAUAUCGGUAAUGUGUGUGGCUGGCUUAUUUUUCAUCCCUGUUAUCGGCCUCACGGGUUUUCAUAUUGUUCUCGUUGUCCGGGGCCGCACCACCAAUGAACAGGUGACUGGGAAGUUCCGUGGAGGUGUUAACCCUUUCACUAGAGGAUGCUGUGGUAACAUACAGCAUGUGUUGUGUAGUCCAUUGUCACCGAGAUAUGUGGUUGAACCAAAGAAGAAGCCGCCAAUCACACUCAAGCCUCCGUUUAUACGCCAAGAUUUGUGUGAACGGCAAAUAACUGUCAAGAUCAGCGACAAUGGCAUCCAAGCUAAUUUGCAUCGCUCUAAGUCUAAAGGAAGUCUAGAGGGUAUAAAUGACAAAUCUCUGGAAAUACAGCCUCCUCUACUUCCUAAGAGUGAACCCACCAAAUAUUCAGACAUGAAGGGAACCCUGGGAAGCAGUGAAGACAGCGGAUUGUCUCCAAAAAUCAUCAGCCCCCCAACUCCAGCCAUGUACAAAUAUCGACCAGGGUUUGGAGCAAAUCCAAAAGUACACUACCAUCCAGCAACAGAGCAGAUUGCUAUGCAAGAAGGUCUAAAGGACAGUGUGUUUUUGGAAGAAGAUUGCCGGAGCCAUGAUUACCAAUCGGAACCUAACCUAGACCUCUCAGAGUAUCGCAAGAACUCACUACAUAAGUCAUACCAGUCAUCUCCAUUGCAACUCGACAACUUCACUGCCAACUCGCGUUCCCUGAGCCUGAAGAAUUCUGUGCGUCGUGAGUCAGAGAAAGUUCCCCUCCAAAUGGUAAAGUCAGAAGGUGACUCUAAUACUCCAUACAAGAGUGUGUUUUCACCCAAUGCCCUGUCAAACCGCAAUGGGAGCUUAUCAUAUGACAGUUUGCUUAACCCAAUGUCUCCAGCAUCUGGUAAAUGCACUGCACACACUGCCGCUGGUUCUGUGGGAUACCACUCACCGUAUAUGUCUGCCAAAAUGUGCCACCUACGAGGAGCAGAGCGGCAACCUAUGCAGAAUUUUAGCCCUGUAUUGAUCAGGGCAGCUGGACAUCAGAGAGAACCUUCUCCUGUGCGUUAUGACAACCUCUCAAAGUCCAUCAUGGCCUCAAUCCAGGAAAGGAAGGAGAUGGAGGAGCGAGAGAAGCUUUUACAUUCUCACACAGAUUCUGUGUUUGCAGACUCAGGGGUCUAUGAUACUCCGAGCACAUACAGCUUACAACAGGUUAGCUCACUCUCAGAUAACCCACGUGCAGCUUCAGGACGGUAUGGUUCAAAGGACAAUCUUCUGGCUGGAGCUGCUAGUUUCAACUCCAGGAAUCCUAUUCUCCAGUCCUCUGUAUCCUCUCUUUCCAGUGCAGUCUCAAGAGCCCCUAGGACUUCCACCACAUCUUUACAGGCUGACCUGGCCAAUAACAAUAUCCAGAGUCACCAACCCUUGCAAGCACGGAUUAGUAAUGGCUCAUACAAGUCGCCUGGUCAUCAGGCUCCAUCUUCACCUUCUGGAAUUCCUAGAUCUCCCUCUUAUGGGGGAGCAAAAGCAGUUACAUUUCUUAAUACUAUGGGAUUUGUAGAAGGACCUUCCAUGGCAGUGCAAAGGGAGGAUCUGAAGCCGCCUCAUAGUAAGAUAAAUGGACAGCCAAAGGCAUUAUCAAGGCCUGAGUGUCGUCUGGGAUCCACCUCUAGCUCACAGGGUACCACCACAGUGAGCCCUUCCAGGCAUUCUAGUGUUAAGAAAGUUUCUGGAGUUGGAGGCACAACAUAUGAAAUAUCUGUGUAGAACGGUUUGUUAUCAAUGACUUGGCACAUGGAAGACUGCAAGGCAUAUUUUCUGGCCAUUCAGGAGAGUUAAGUGUAGUAGUCCAUGCAUAAAUGAUCAACAGGAAUUUAAGUGUGACUCAAGAAGGACUGUGGAUGACAAGAACAAUGGUUAUUAAUGGGAGGACACUGGAUACAGUUAUAACAUGAAAAAAAUAAGCCAUUGUACGUGUGUCUGUCCAUAACAACAACAAAAAAAAAAUGAAGAAAUGUUUUAAAACUUGUGAUGUGACAGAAAUGGGACAACUUUUUAGUUAUUUUAUGUUACCUUAGUUUAUAACUUGCAAGCUCUGUAAGUAAUAGGCCACAAAUAAAGAAUCAACCUCUUGAAAGAGAAUCCCAGCAUCUAUGGAUCUGAACAGGAAAUAUGGAAGAAGAAAACAAAAACCCAAUCAGGACUCUUCCACUGGAAGUAUAGUGCUAGUACCGUGUCACCCUGCUGGAGGCUCCUAGUUCUUCACAUAUUAAUCGUGUUACUAUAAAGUUGUGUGUGUUUGAAAAAAAUCCAGAUAAAGUGAGGUUAUAUAGUGCUUCUGUUUUGCGAUGGAGGAAUUGCUACUGGGUCAUUGCGUGCCGUCCCUCCCACCCCUUUCUCCUUUUUUUCCCCACUUAUAUUUUCAGCUUAUGUUGUUUAAAGUGUAUACAUCUCCUACAUGCAGUGGAAGCAGCCACUUUAUAUGCUGAGCCCAUUAUGCCUUAGGAUGCGGACGAUUAGAAGGAGUUAGUGCGAUGUACUGAGUGAUGGCACCAGUUUCUGGCUUACUAUUGGCUAAACUUGCAACAUGACUCAUUGCACUCUGUACAGGUGACUGGCGUAUGUAGAGUAUAAAUACAGUAUAUGCUCUAGAUAUACUUUAUAAAUAUAAACCAGAUAAAUGAAGUAUAUAAAGAGUGAGAGGUUCUCGUUUUUGGAGACUAUAUUGUUAUUAUUGUUUAUUAUUUAGCCUGGUUAUUCAUUACCAGUAGCAGAUUACAUUUGUAUUUUAAAGUAUUAUGCGAAGAAAAAGACAACAGAAAUGGUUUAUCUGGGAGCUGCAGCGUAUUUUUAUCCUGAAUCAAAGUUGGUCAUAUUUUACAUUCAUUUUUGUAUUUCAAGGUUACGCAACAUGUUAUUGUGUUUUGUCUUUGUCACUCUAUGGCUGUGGUGCAUCAGUGUUAUUAUACAUGCAGAUGUUGUCAUCUUGCCUUACCCAUCACCUCUCACACGGGGGUUAAGCAAUGUGGUGCUGUGUGGCUGCUGAUUUGUGUAGCGUGUUGCUCUCCUAUCCGCCAAUGUAACUAAUCUGAUGUUCUCACUGAUUCUGUCUUCUACCCAUCUCUCAGUAGUGCUGGGAAUUGAAUGGGUCACCACAUGAGAUCUCCCCCCUCACCCAGCAACACAGAGCUAAGGAAGCUUUUAACAGUACUUGUGGGGGGAAAUAUUGUGAAGUCUGCAAAUAGUACUAAAGUACCACUCAGAGUGAUCCUCAAUUUCUUAUCUAUGAAAUAAGAAUCUCUGAAUAAACAGUCUAUAAACCACGGCACUGAAGCAGAAAUCCUAUUUGUAUGUCUGCAUUAGAAAAGCCCGUUUAAUGUGUACCCUGUGAUUAUGUCCCUGCAGUUAUGGCUAGUACAGGCCACUAAUGGAUGCACUGUUUUUAGGGUUUUUCUUUUUUCUGGUGGUUGUAAGACAUGUUGUAAGAACAGUGUAUGUUUUAAAACUAAUUUUUAACUAACAGUUUUCUAUAUUUAUUUUUUUAAUGAAGGAAAUGUCUUGUCUUUCUUCUGUGUGUUUUAUAUCCUCAUAAGGAUGUAACUGAAAUUUAAACUUGUGUGAAUAUUGAGAAUAAUAAUAGUAAUAAAAAAGGACAAAAGACCUGGGGGUGGAAAGAGCUGGACCCACUCAUGUUGUUCGCUUAUAGCAUGCUUACUAACACCUAGCAAAUUCUGCUGCUUGCAAGGGAGAAUGGAUGCUUCAUAUCGGACCUACAGUGCAAGUUUUAUCAAGCUGUAUUCACAAUGCAUUGGACAAAUGCACGGACACUUUCUAAUCUGAAUGUUUCCAUCAAUCUUCAUCAUUCGCAAUUGAUUUAUAGCUCAGAUAAACCGAAGUGAAAUGUGGAAGAGAAUUAGUAAAUGUAAACAUUUUGAGUUGAGAUUCCUUUUGCUGGGAACACACUAGACACCACGCUCCAUGAGCAAUAUCGUCAGUGUUUCCUCAUGACAUCCCGAGCAAACGAGGCCGUGCAUACACACUGAACAAUAUCGUUCAGUGACGUCACCCUGCCUCCGUCCUGUACUUGCAUAGUCAACAACAUAGACAAAAUUGACCUGCGUGUACAGCAGAUGACAGAAGCCCACCAUUAACCAGUGUGCAUUGUUAACGAUAUUGUUCGUACACACUGGACGAUAUUAAAAACGAUAGCACUCAAAAGGGUGAAAAUGAGCGACGAUAUUUAAAAUAUGGCCUAGUGUGUACCCAGCUUUUGUCUAGAGAACUUUGUUUUUAUUAUUAUAAUAUCUUUAAAUUAAUAUUAGUUUGUUGAUCUUGGUUGUGUGUUAGCCUUAUUAAUCUCUGGACCAUGCAAAGUUUUAACACUCCUCCUUGACACUCUUUGGGGGGAAUUCAAGUGUUUGAAAAGUCAGUUUGGUGUCUGUUUUUUCCUAUCUAAAAGACAGAGAAAAAAAAAAACAGACACCCAACCGACUUUUCAAACAUUUGAAUUCCCCCCUUUGUAUCUAUGGGGACCUGAACUCUAGACCCUCAUCAGGAACUCUUGAGUAAUGCCUUGCCAUAGAUCUCUUCUCUAGGCCCUAGCUGUACUACCUCUUACCUCCCAACUGUCCCAAUUUAGGUGGAUAAUCUCAUUCAAAUGACUUUUAUCCUGACUGCCGGAAUGGAAGGUAUAUCCUGCUCACAACCUCCCUAAGGGAGCAGAGGACACUUGCAAGAAGUGUGCACUGCAGUGCAGGUGUGUAUUUGGGCAAAUGAUUGUUUAGGGCAGCCCAACACUUCUUAAGCACUAGGCUACCACAGGAAGGCAUGGUUCCCAAUUCCCAAGCAAAUAAGGUUGGGAGGUAUGCGACCCCUCUCUAUGCUAAUACCUGUCAGCUCAAUCAAAUACUUUCCAUGCUCUGCUUACCUCCCAGUGAACUUAAUAAAUACAGUAGUUGUAUUGCGUGGACAAAUAAAUGGUAUAUAUAUAUAUAUAUAUAUAUAUAUAUAUAUAUAUAUAUAAAAAUAUAUAUAUAUAUAUAUAUAUAUAUAAAAUAUUUCCUUCCUUCCUUCCUUCCUUCCUUGUUUUGAUCCACCAUACAAUCAAUUUUAGUAAUUAGGGGAUAGAGGCAAAUGUUUGUGUGUGUGUGUGUGUGUGUGUGUGUGUGUGUGUGUGUGUGUGUGUGUGUGUGUGUAAGAUACAAUUGUCCUUUAACUUUGCUUGCAAGUUAUGGGUAGAUAUUUCUGAAUCUCACAAAGUGCAGCCAAAUUAGUGUUUUCCUGGAAAUGUGCAAUGUUAUUAUUACUAGGAAUGUAUUAAAUACAUUGAUUGUAUAAAUAUCACACAAUUCUGUCGCAGUAAAAAGAACCAAACACUCUACAGUAGUUUCUUACAUAUAUUUUUAUUUGUCUGUGCUGCUUUUUAUGUAAACAAUUCCUAUAUAAUGGUGUCUCUCAACCUAUUUCUAUUUAUAUACCAUUUUUCUAAAUAUUUAUCAAGCAUCCAUUCAUGUCUGUAAAUAUUUCCCAAGUGCCCGUUCAUUUUGUAAAUUAAUACUAAAAAAAAAUUCUUAUGUAAUUGUUUGAAGUCCCCUCUGAUUUUUGCUAUAUUUUGUUCUCCACUGUAAGCACUGGUACUUGCAGAACCGAUAUGUGGAACCUUUACAGGUAGUGCAGCCUGAAAAUACCAAAUUUACUUGCUGUCUGAAUAAGUAAUUGUGCCAAAAACCUGGAUUGUACAAACCCUUAAAUCACUUCACCCAUCUGGGCAAGGUUUCAUACAGGACAUUGUAGUCGCCCAAAGCUUUUGUCUACUUUUAAGCGUGCUGUUACCAAUGCAUAUGACUUAUUACCUUUUAAUCUUUUCCUGUUUUAUUAAGUUUGGCAUGACCAUCUAGGAAAAUAUUUUACUAAAUGACCCUUCCCCUAGCCUUAUGCCUCUUAUGACCAAUUCAUGUGGCUUCUUUUAUCGAGGUUCAGAUGGUUCUGUUUUCCAAGACUGGCAAAUAAUUAAGCGAACCAUUUUUCAGCUGACCAGGAGACUCAACCAGAACCUGCAAUUUUCUUAAUUGCAGCUUGCAUUUGGCCCCUCCCACUGACGCAUGCCACGGGAAAGGCGGAAGCACAGACAGCCACCAGGGUUUUCGCUAGCGGGCACAUUAGUAAAAUAUUUUCCUAUGUGGGUAGUACAGCUUUGAAUAGAGUACUGUUAAAUAAAAUAAUUAUGGCUAUGGUCCUGCUGUCCCCAGUUUCCUAGUAUCCACUUGAAGCUAAGAUUUGUGCAUAUGCAUAUUGUGAUAUGUUGCUUUUCUUCACUGCACAGAAUAAUCUUUAUUUACAGUCUUCAAGUUAAUUAAACAGUUGUGUGUCCAGAGUGAGUUAUGAAAGAAUCCUAAUGAUUUCCCUUUCAUGUGGUCCUAUACAUUCAGUUGGUGGCUCAUAUUUACAGGUCUACUAUUACCCUUUUCACACGUACAAGGUUUUCAGGCAGGAGUAAGGCACGGCAUGGUCUGGGUUCCACAGUAAACUUUGGUGAAGGGCCCAGUGAUUCCAGUUACUUUUUUGCGGUCCCCCCAUACUGCUCUCCUGAGUACAGGACCUGUUGCAUGCUCGCUCAAGUACCAGAACUUCAAAUGGGUACACUGCAUAUGGUUUAGCAUCCUUGCAUGGCUCCGAACAGAGCGGCAGGUCAUCCAUGCCACGCAGCAGCCACUCCCCCUUGUAGAGGCAGUUGUUUUGACACUUUUUGCAGGAGAAGUAAUUUUGUACUGUGUGUGCUCUUAUACUUUGAUGUGCAUAAGCAGGGUAUAUAAUGUUGCUUUGGUGGGCUGUAGCAUCUCAACCCUCCAUCUGUACAUUAUUUCAUGCUGCUAUCUUUAAAUAAGUUAUUUUGGCAACAAAAGGAUGGCAAAACCUUUAAAGUGGUUUAAAGUGCACCUGCUUAUAAAUGUGGCACUAAGAAUGCAGCCCGUCUGUGUACCAUAAAUCGGAGGCUUAAUGGUGGCACCAAAUGGUGUUACUGUUUCCUAUGGAAUUUAAAGGCUGUACGCUGCAAUGGGUUUCCGCUCAAUUGGUUAAUUGGAAAACCCUUUUAAAACUGAGGUUUAAAAUGAAUUCUAUUUUAUAAUUAAGCUUGCUUGGGCACAGGUAAAAUUGCUUGCUUACAUAUUGUGCAAUAUUUGCCUGUGGUCAAGCAGUGACAACUCCUACAGCUUACUACUUGUGUUCACCAAGGAGAUGAUCUGUGUGAAGUUUUUCUGUUACAUUGGAGCAUUUCACGCAUUGCCAGCUGGGUGAGCUCCGCCAUAACCAGUGGAUUUCAGUCAUAGGUGGAUGUGGAUCUACCUUUCCCCUGCAGGGGAGUAAUUGUUACCCUGUUUUUAUGGGUCCUGAUGAGGAAAAGCAGACUUGUUUGCAUAAUGUGAACAUUUGCAGCAGUUUAAUGAAUUGGUGUGCCCUGCAAUGGGGUUUCUUAUAAGUUGUGUGUAUGUGUAAAUAAAGAAUUUGCAUGAGCUAAUUUAACUGUUAAAGCAAGAUAUUUAUUUUUUUCUUGUAUUAAGGAGCAGAAAGCUUAUUUGUCUUUCAGUAUCUGUAACUACCCUGACCAUGUAACUUUUAUUUCUGUUUUUCCUUGUAAUUAUUUUUUUAAAUUUAUAAAGUUCUUUGUAUUUUUCAGUUACUCCCGCAAAUAAAUUUGUUUUUGUUUUUU